AUGGAGAAGUCGGAAACCGUGGACCAGGUUGAAGAUGUGGCAAAACUUCCCAUUGAGAAUGCCGACGAGGUCACGAUCACAAAAUCAAAGGCCAACGCCAGUGGAACUGUGAAGCUCUUGGCUGGCAAAAUUGUGUACAUUCCGUCUCCAACUGCUGACCCCAGAGACCCCCUGAACCGCAGCGCAUGGCAAAAGGGAAUGAUUGUUAUCGUCAUUUCUAUCUUCGCAACCGUCGGUCUCUCUCUCGUAUCCGGAUUCGGUGGCAUCAUGAACUUCUACAGCGAACAGUACCUCGCCGAGGGCAAGACUCAAGAGGACCUGACCCAUCUGACGAGCUACCCGGGCCUCACCAUGGGUAUCGGUAAUCUUAUUGGCAUGCCGCUGGCCUACUCUAUCGGUCGACGUCCUGUUCUUCUCGCUUCUACGGUCAUCCUGGUUCUCACAUCCGCGCUUUGUGCCACGGCGAAAACAUACGAGUGGCACCUAGCUGUGCGCCUGGUCAUGGGGCUUGCUGCCGGUCAGGCCGAGGCGUUGGUUCCAAUGAUCACUCAGGAAAUUUUCUUUUUGCAUGAGCGAGGCACGUACCUUAUGAUCCAAAACUCAUGUCAGUCGAUCAUUGCCGCCGUUUACAUACUCUUUGCUGGUCCGAUUGCUGGUGCUAUCGGCGCUGGUUGGUGGUAUGGUCUAGGAGCAUGCCUUUCAGGACUAACGCUCAUUCUCGCUUUCUUCUUUCUUCCGGAGACUAAGUAUGCUCGUCCUCUGUCUUCGUUCCAAGAGGCAAGAGGGAGUGAAGGAGAGCCUGAGACCAAAGAAGAUGUCGAGAUUGAGGUGGUUACUGAGAAGCCUCCUCUGGACUAUGAGCGUUAUGCCCCGCGUACGUGGAGGUCUGACCUGAGUUUAUGGAGUGGCGAACCUGAGUGGAGGAAGGGACUUGACAUGCUCAAAGACACGUUUUUGCUUUUAUGGUUCCCGAAUAUCUUCUGGGCCAUGGUCCUCAACGGCUUCGUCCUCGGAGUCAACGUUGCCAUUAGUGUUGUCUAUAGUACAAUUCUCACAUCUCCGCCGUACAACUGGCCCAACUCAUCACCCAGCUACGCUAAUUGUGGACAAAUCAUCACCUCGAUCGUUGCUGUCCCUGUCCUGGGAUAUGGCUCUGACAAGUUGAUUGCCUGGCAGGCCAAGCGUCGUGGUGGUAUCCACGAGCCCGAAGUCCGUCUUAUCCCGUUGAUUAUACCGAUCAUCAUAGGAACGUUCACCAGCGUCCUUUUUGGACAAGGCGGCUCUCAUCCCGAGCACUACCACUGGUUCCUCUAUGUGUGGACUAUUGCAGCUUACUACUUCGCCUUCAUCGCUGUCACCAUUCAAACUAUUACCUAUCUGCUUGACUGUUAUCCUCAGCGGUCUGGACCAAUCCUGAUUAUCAUUUGCGCCUUCCGCGGUAUCAUUGCCUUUGGUACCACCUACGCUAUAACGCCCUUCGUGCUGGGUUCGGGCUUCGAUUUGUCGUUUGGCAUAUAUGGUGUCCUCACCUUCGGUAUUGCUGCCAUAGGAAUUCCAGUCUAUAUCUGGGGUAAGCAGAUUCGCCAAUUCACAGGCCGCUGGGCUCAAGAUCCAGACAAGCGUUCGUAUUGA